AUGUCAAAGGUUGAUUUUACAGGUCAGGUUGUUAUAAUCACAGGUGCAGGUGGUGGUUUAGGUAAAUACUAUUCUCUUGAGUUUGCCAAAAGAGGUGCCAAGGUUGUUGUAAAUGACUUGGGUGGUGCUUUAGACGGUCAAGGCGGUAACUCGAAAGCCGCUGAUGUUGUUGUUGACGAAAUUAAGAAAAAUGGCGGUAUUGCAGUUGCCGAUUAUAACAAUGUUUUGGAUGGAGACAAGAUUGUUGAAACCGCGGUGAAAAAUUUCGGUACUGUUCACGUGAUCAUCAAUAAUGCAGGUAUAUUGAGAGAUGCCUCAAUUAAGAAGAUGACUGAACGCGAUUUUAAAUUGGUUCUAGAUGUUCAUUUAAACGGUGCUUUUGCUGUUACAAAAGCAGCUUGGCCAUAUUUCCAGAAACAACGUUAUGGUAGAAUUGUUAAUACUUCGUCGCCUGCUGGUUUAUAUGGUAAUUUCGGACAAACAAAUUAUUCAGCAGCUAAAUCGGGAUUGAUUGGUUUUGCCGAAACUUUGGCUAAAGAAGGUGGCAAGUAUAAUAUCUUGGCUAAUGUAAUUGCUCCAUUGGCAAGAUCAAGAAUGACCGAAUCUAUAUUGCCACCACCAAUUUUGGAGAAGUUGGGUCCAGAAAAAGUGGCCCCCUUGGUUUUGUACUUGUCUAGUUCUCAAGAAGAAUUGACGGGUAAAAUUUUCGAAGUUGCCGCUGGUUUUUAUGCACAAAUCAGAUGGGAAAGAUCAGGAGGUAUCAUUGUGAAACCAGAUGAAUCUUUUACUCCAGAAUUGGUUGCUAAAAGAUUUAAUGAGAUUUUGGAGUACGAUGAUUCAAAAAAGCCAGAGUUGUUGAAGAAUCAACAUCCAAAUAUGCUUAAUGAUUAUACUUCAUUGACUCUGGCUGCAAGAGAAUUGCCAUCAAACGAUGUAUCGGGUGCUCCAACAGUGUCCUUGAAAGACAGGGUGGUUUUGAUUACUGGUGCUGGUGCCGGAUUAGGUAAAGAGUAUGCUAAAUGGUUUGCCAAGUAUGGUGCAAAAGUUGUUGUUAAUGAUUUCAAAGAUGCCACAAAGACGGUUGAUGAAAUUAAAGCAGCAGGUGGAGAAGCUACUGCUGAUAAACACAAUGUCGCAACUGAGGCUGAUGCAAUUAUUGAAACUGCUUUGAAGGCCUAUGGUACUAUUGAUGUUUUGGUCAAUAAUGCAGGUAUAUUAAGAGACAGAUCCUUUGCCAAGAUGACUAAAGAGGAAUGGGAUCAAGUUCAAGCCGUUCAUUUGUUGGGAACUUUUAACUUGUGUCGAUUGGCUUUCCCCAUUAUGUCUGAAAAGAAGUAUGGUAGAAUUGUUAACAUCACUUCAACUUCAGGUAUAUAUGGUAAUUUUGGUCAAGCCAACUACUCGUCAGCCAAAGCAGCUAUAUUGGGAUUAUCAAAGACAUUGGCUAUUGAAGGUUCUAGAAAUAACAUCAAGGUUAAUAUUGUUGCUCCACAUGCUGAAACUGCCAUGACUUUAACUAUUUUCAGAGAAGAAGAUAAGAAUUUGUACCAUGCAGAUCAAGUUGCUCCAUUAUUGGUGUUUUUGGGUUCCGAGAAUGUUCCAGUCACUGGUGAAACUUUUGAAGCCGGUGGUGGAUGGAUUGGUAACACUAGAUGGCAAAGAGCUAAAGGUGCUGUUUCCAAAGAAGCUGAUACUACUGUUGAGUUCAUCAGGGAUCACUUGCAAGAUAUUGUCGAUUUCGACAGUGAUACUGAGAACCCCAAAUCGACUACUGAAUCAUCCAUGGCUAUCUUGGCUGCUGUUGGUGGAGAUGAAGAAGAAGAGGAGGAGGAGGAAGAUGAAGGUGACGAGGAAGAUGAAGAAGACGAAGACGAAGAAGAAGAUGAUCCAGUUUGGAGAUUUAAUGACAGAGAUGUUAUCUUAUACAAUAUUGCCCUUGGUGCUACUACUAAGCAAUUGAAGUAUGUCUAUGAAAACGAUUCAGAUUUCCAAGUUAUUCCAACUUUUGGUCAUUUGAUUACAUUCAAUUCAGGUAAGUCGCAAAAUUCAUUUGCUAAAUAUUUGAAGAAUUUCAACCCAAUGUUUUUGUUACAUGGAGAACACUAUAUCAAGGUACAUCAGUGGCCACCACCAACUGAAGGUGAAAUCAAGACCUCGUUUGAACCUUUGCAAACUACACAAAAGGGCACAAAUGUUGUUAUUGUUCACGGAUCAAAGUCUGUUGAUAACAAGACUGGUGAGUUAGUUUACUCUAAUGAAGCAACCUAUUUCAUCAGAAACUGUCAAGCUGAGAAUAAAACUUAUGGAGACAGAAGAUCGUUUGCUACUAAUCCAUGGCCUGCACCAAAGAGAGAACCAGAUUACCAAGUUGACAUUUUAGUUUCAGAGGAUUUAGCAGCAUUGUACAGAUUGUCUGGUGAUCGUAACCCAUUACACAUUGACCCCAACUUUGCCAAGGGUGCGAAAUUCCCCAAACCAAUCUUGCAUGGUAUGUGUACAUAUGGUUUGAGUGCCAAGGCAUUGAUUGAUAAAUUUGGUAUGUUUGAUGAAAUUAAAGCUAGAUUUACUGGUAUUGUGUUCCCUGGUGAGACACUUAGAGUUUUGGCAUGGAAAGAUGGCGAAAAUGUUAUUUUCCAAACUCAUGUUGUUGAUAGAGGUACUAUUGCUAUAAACAAUGCCGCUAUCAAAUUGAUUGGUGAUAAACCUAACUUGUAA